ACCGAACGUGAUUUCUUUCGCCUUCCAACGUAAAAAAACAGAACAUGAAAGAAUACACAGGCGCUUUACGUCUGCAACAAGCGUUUUCUUGACAUAUAGAAUAAAUAGAUAAAAACAUCUGUCAUUUGCUGAAAAAAACGACGAGUUCAAACAUGCAAGUAUGUCUCAUAUUCCCUCAAAAAGACACAAAUGUGUUCAGCUGUGACAUCUCUCCCCGUCUACAGGUGGCAGUAUAUGCAAUCUCGCGUCUCUCGGGCCAUCGAUACCGGAAGGAUCAGACGGGACUGUGUCAUUCACAUUUCAAUACAGUGAUGCUCUGUGCCCAUGCAACCUAAUUUGUGCUUGGUGUUAGUCGCUCAUAAAAAAAAAAUCCACGUUGGUGGUAGUUACAACCCCACUCACCUUCAGUUUUUUAACGCGAUGUAUGGUAGUCGAUAAUUUCCAAAACAACUAAAUGGUUUGAGCUUCGUUGUUGUUGUGAACAGUAACGUAACACCCUGAAGCGAAUGUGCUGGAAUUCGUGUCGACGGCUGCUAGGUAAUCCAAUUACUCCCUUUACUAUAGUAUUAAGUUUGAUAGCACACAAAUGAACCAAAAGCUAUUAUAAUAUAAGAUAUCACCGCACGUUAAACCAUGCAUGUCAAGGGAAGCAGGAGCGUAUUUGUCUUAAUCUCGGUUCAACUGAGUUCAGUGAGCAGCAUGUUCAGACAAAUCUAAUCUCAUGGAUAAUGUCUUCAGAGUUCACUCUCGAUAUCCAGUUGACAGAGUUGGGGUUUUCAAGCUGGGAUUUCCCUCUCUGCGAGCCGCAGAGUGUUAAAGAGACAUUUUUGCCAACACAGACAAGCAUCGAGAAGUCAUCAGCUGGGACUCCAAACAGCCACGAGGAUGCCAGUAUUGUCCCGAGUGGAUCCGCUGAAAAUAGUGUUCUACAAGACCAUCAAUAUUCCUCUCCUCUACGACAGAACACUACAAUUAUUAAUGAAAAACCUCAAGAGGAUUUGACAGCGGAUAACUUUGAGGAUAGGGAGAAAAUAAUUUUUAAUAAGUGGAAGGGAAGAAAAAGAAGAACGUUUGCAGAGGGGAGAAACAGUGACAAACAGAAGUCCAGAGAAGACGAUACAAGUAACAAUGAUAAGGAGGAAAGUGAGGAAAAAAACAGUCUUCAGAUAGAUGAUCAUAUGUCUUUUGAGGAUAAAACAGAUGAGGAUGCAGAAUUCGUUUUGAGUGAUGAUGAUGAUCAGGAGGAUGAAGAAGAAGAAGAGGAGGAGGAGGAAGAAGAAGAAGAACGGGAUGAUGAUAUUUCAUGUUCAGAGACCCCUGGAUCCGGAGAGAAUGGGGAAAAUUACUGUCAUGUGUGUGACGCUAUCUUUCCCUCUCUGUUCUUACUUCGAGAACACUUAAAUAUGCACACGGGUGUCCGACCAUACCGCUGCGAUGAAUGCAGCAAGCAGUUCUGUCAGUUAGUCAACUACCGCGCACACCUCCGUUCCCACUCGCAAAAGGCCUCAAUCCACUGUAAGGUUUGCUCCACCACCUUUGAGACAGAGGAACAACUCCAGAAGCAUUUGGAUACGAACCAUUUCGAGGAUGAGUUCUAUCAGUGUGAUUUCUGCAAGCAGAUUUUCACUGACCUAGAGGUGUGCCAAGAUCACGUGGACAAACACAGGCAACAGGCAAAAAGACACAUGUGUCUCAAAUGUGGUUCUAGUUUUCGUAAGCGCAAGUCUCUUCUUCGGCACUUGGAAGGGCACAGCAGAGGCGUAUUCUCGUGCUCUGACUGCGACCGGACGUACUCCAGUAAGGCUUCCCUGUUGCGCCACAGCUUCUCCCACUCGGGCCUCUUGCCGUAUACGUGUCUAAAGUGCAAACGGCAUUUUCGGUUACCGUCUCUUUACCGAAAUCACGAUUGUAAGCCAGAGCACACCCAGUGCAUGGCCUGUUUGGUUUUCUUUCAGAGUUCGGAGGACUUUGACAAGCAUAAGAAGGACACAGGAUGCUGGGGUCAUCAGGGGGCCAUGUCUUCAACAACGGACGAGAUCCGGUGCAUGGAGUGUGGCCAGGUGUGUGCGAGCGUGGAGGAAUUAAAGCAGCACGGGAGCACUCACCAGAGGGUCCUAAAGUGUGCUGAAUGUGGAAUGGGUUUCCGUUCGUCCCUCAUGCUUAUGUCACACAUGGGAGGACAUGCAGCGCAGCGGCCCUGUCUCUGUAAAGACUGUGGCUUGGGCUUUCCACAUCAACAGGGUUAUGACAGCCACCUUAAAACGUGUGGACUGGUGAUUCCACAAGUGCCUACAGCAAAGAAACCUAAACUGAAGAAAAUCUCCUCUCCACAACAAACGAAACUAAUCAUCCCUAACGUCGUCUUCCAAACUGUCGGUCAGGACUCAAACCUCAUCACAUUGUCUCAUAACAAGGUGGCCCACGUUAUCCCAAUGGGGGACCAAAAACAGCCUGCUGAUGGUGUGUGGAAAUUUGCUUUACCUAAAGACCCUCCUCCAGGCAUUCCCUUGGUCAUGAUUCUGCCAGUUCCUGCUUCACAGUCCUUAUCUACCUCAGAUCCUACCAAAAUCUCACAAAACAUGUUACCCUCAUCCCUAGUCUUAAAAACCCCAUCUCCUGCUCCAUGUGUUAUAUCCAUGCCAGUGGUCCCAACCAGUCCUGUUAUUUGUAAAGAGGCACAGAAAGACAACGCAGGACAGAGCGGAACCAACAUUCCAGCAAAUAUACUGAUUCCAAUGGAAGGCGAUAACGGUACCGCUAGAAAGAUGUGGACCAUCUUGGAAGAUAAGAGUUCUGAUGUUGGUAAACAGGCGGCAGAUGUGGUUGUACUAAAUCAGGGACUGAAUGUUACUGCUCAUUCUGAGGCAGAGGAUGUUAAAGAUUUUGACUCUUCACCUCUAUUAGCAGAAGGUACUGUCCCUUUAACAACAAUAGCAGAGAAGCAAACCCUUCAGUCAUCAGUAUCAAGUAGCCUUGUCUCUAGUUCUUCGGAAACUGCUUUUGAUAAAGGUCAGCUCAAAGAUUCCAGUGAAGACGAGAGACUUUGCAAAGCAACCGUGCAAGAUGGAAACAUGUGUGAUGUAGAGGUGGAAGUGGAUCAAGAAGUGGAGAUCGGUGAUGAAGACAGUGGAGUGGAUAUUUCAGAGGGUGAGCUUCAUGAAUGUGUGACUUGUGGACAGGUUCUUCCUGAAAAAGAUAUGAUCCAACAUUUUAUGAAGCAUGCAGCGGUCUCUGACUCUCCUAAUAAAUGUGUCACACACACUACAGACCAAUCCCCUUCAUGUACCCCGCCAAGAAAAAGACAAAGGUCUGAAACAGAGCUCUGAUAAUGAAUUCAAGAGUGAUAAUGUUGACCUUAUAAUUCUGCACUAGAAAGUCUUUCUUUUUAUUAUUUUUUAUUGGAACAUUUGAGUAAUGUUGCUACCUUUUCCGUUCAGUAAGUAAAUAGUUUUCUCUUAUUUUUUUACCCUCUAAAAAGUAUGUAUUAUAAAACUGAAUGUGUUUUAUUGAUUCGUUGAUUUUACUGUAUGUCAGUUCAUUUACCCCACAAAUAAGCUGCAAUAAAUGUAGAUUGGGACAUUGGGAAAAGCGUUUGUUUUGUUCAUACUAUAGCUAGUGUUAUUAGAGAAUUAACAAUCGUGUGGAAAUAGGUUUCAUUAUAUGCUGCAAAUUUUCCACUGCGACACAUUGAAAUGAUUUCGAAACCGCAGAGCGGCAAACACUACAUUUUACUUUUAUUGUUAUUAAUACUGUUUUUCUUUUUGUAAGUUAUGUGUUUUAUAGUAAACUUUGUUUGAUCUAAAUAUAUUUUAUGUUGGCUCUUUUGUGUUGGGUUGUUGGGACGAGCCUGCACUUUAGUCUUUUUCAGAUAAUGAAUCAUAUAGUGUGAAUAUGUACUGUUUCCUCUACCCUUACUUUCUCAUAGGAAUUGGAACUAAAGUGUUAACAUUUUUUAUUUUCAUAGCCAAAUGUUUUAAUGGUGGGCCAGACUAAACUAUGUCUAGUACUUAAGAACAAGAAAUCAAAUGCAAACUACAAGGCUAAAUGAACCGCUGCUUUUCAAAAUAAAAAGAGUAUUGAUUGAAAGUUUACUGUCGAUAAAAGAACAAUACUUGUAAUCUGUAGACCAACACCAAUGACAACUUGGGUAUUUAGUUUAUAUUCAAGAGUAUA